CUCCCACCCGUGUUUUUUACUUCAUUUGUAUUUAACGCACUUGUCUGAAGCAUUCGCCACUGAGGCAGCGUCCAUAUCGGAAGACGCUUUAUCACUGACAAGCAAAAUGGAAUCUUAUCGAAUUAUCAAUUUCAUUUCAAACGCUGACUAAUCAUUCGAAUACAUACGUACUUAUUCUUUCUUCAUUGAAUUUGGUUUAUAUCUGAUUCUUGAUAUCGUGUAUUAAAUAGAACGUGAUAAGGAUAAUUUAUCCUUACCAUUUUUGGAUCAUUUGUGUCAACAGUUUUGCAUUUUAUUCGUGAUUUAUCUGAUAAAAAGUAAUUCUUCAUACAGUAAUUUAGAAUAAUAUGAUCCAGUGAUAAAGAAUUCUUUUAAAAAAUUAUUUAAUUUUCUUGUGAAUGAAAGGACGAUUAGUUUUCAACACUGUUUAGGCAAUUACAAGAUAAUUUCAGGAUAUUUUAGACAGUAUUAUUACUGAAAAAAAUAAAAGAAAGAAAAAUGAAAAGAUAGACAAAAUUUGUCUAGUCUCAAAAGAUGGCAAACAAUUUAGAUUCAGUUUGUGAAAAAAAAUCAACUCGUUUUUUGCAAAUUCCUUUGAAAUCAACUGAACAGAUUUAUCUGGUUUUCUUGAUCCCAACAUUAAUCUCUUGUAUGAUAUAUAUAAUUCAUUUCUCUGCUGACUUAGUAGUUGCCGAGCAACAUUUUAGAGAAAAUAAUCCAGUAUGGGGAUGUUGUACUAUUGGUUUCAUAUAUGCACCUGCAAUUGCAUACUUUAUGUUAACUGUUUCAAGACCAGAUUGGUGGAUGACAGAUGAUGAUAAAUUGACAAAGGGCAUAUUUGGUUGGUUUUGCCUUCAAUUUUGCCAGCUGAUUGGCUUUGUUUUCUUUUGUCUUUACAGGUAUGCAGGUCUCAUGGUACUAUGUAUAGAUGCUAUUAUUUUAACAGGGACAGAGAGAACAAAGACUCUAAACCUAGCAGCUGCUCCUGCAGCUAUAGAAUUAUAUUUUUUUUUACAAGCAUGGUUUCAGGCUGCUCCUCAAGCUAUUUUUCAAAUACAUUUGCUUUUUCGUGAAGGAUCUUUCCACCAAAGUCAUCAAUCAGUUGUUGUAAAGGUGAUUUCUAUUCUUAUGUCUGUUGUGAUACUUGCUGUUCAAACUACCUCUUUUCAAAGAUUUGAAAGUCAACGUAUUAAUGGUAGAAAAUUACCAUGGGCAAUGUGGUUAAAAAAAUAUUGUGUUCAGGAAAUUUGUGACCUUGAAGAAAAGACUCCUCUAAAAUCAUGCAAUGUAAAAGAAGAAACUACUGUGCAUGUAAAUGAAGCAAUACAAGAUUCUGAAAAUCAAAAUGAAUCUAUAAAAAUUGAAAAUGAAGAAAAAGAACAAUCAGGUUCUCACGUUCCUUUAGAUCGUCAAGUGUCUGUAACACCUCCUUUACCACCAAAAAAUGUACAAAUUAUACCACCUCCGACUCCUUUACGUGGAAUUACUACAGUUGCACCUUUGCUUGUACCAGAUGUACCAGCUCCACCAAGACCAGACUCUAUUUGUACAGUUACAGAACAUCAGGAAUCCGAAACAUUUAUUAAAUCAUUGUCUGGUACAGAAAUCAAUGAAAAAGAUAGCACACAAAAUUUAAGAGUUCCGCAACGAAGAUAUUCGAAAAAAGGUUUAGAAGAAGAUGAUCCUGUUGGCAAAUUUUUAUGCUUUCUAUGGUGGUUCUUUUUCAUUCUAGCUCGUAUACUCGCUAUUGCUGUAUUUAAUGAAUUUUAUCCAUUAUACUUAGCCAUUGUUCUUGGUGUACAUUAUAUUGUAAUGUUGAUAUAUCUCUUUUAUUAUGUAAAAUAUUAUGACAUUAUUACCUUUUUCGUUAAUUUGUGGUUGGGAUUAGUUUAUAUAAUUAGUUUAAUUGAAUAUAGAAUCAAAUUUAAAUAUGCAGACAAAUGGGUAUUGCCAUAUUAUAUCUUUGUAUUAGUACAAAACACGUGUCUGACAUUAACUUGGUAUUUCAAUGCAGAUUGGGAUGGAUUUUGGUAUACUUAUAUAUUUUACGUAAUUUUCGGAAGUAUGUCGCUAUGUGUUUCAUCAACCAUUAUUUAUUGUACUUUAUUAAAACCAAAGAAACAUAGGGUAUAUACCAGUUGACAAACGCAUAAAAUUUUUUCGUGGUAAUAAGUUCAUUGAGUUGUGAUUAUAAAAAUGCUUUAAUCUGUUUCUAUAUCAUGUAUUGAUACUAUUUUUUUGCAUAUUUAUGUGAAUUGUUUUCAUUAUCAUGUUAUAUAGAAAGUAAAAGUAGAUAUAACAGAGAAAUAUUACAUGGUAAUAAGA